GCUCGCUUAUACAGUUAGAAUCCUGACUCAUUCCAAGUUCCAAUCCUUUUUUUUUCAGUCAAUCGAUGUGCAGCAAAGUUGAGUUCAGCGGCAGAGAGAUUGGUCUGAUGGGCUGAUGCUCUGUUUUCUCAACACUGAUGAAGUGUGUGAGAGUGCACUUGCUGCAGCGUAGCAGAUAGGACAAUCCGGCCGACGAUCCUUGUCGUGACUCGCCAGUGUGAUGACAUGACCAAUCAGUCCACGAGAAGAGAAGCGAGUGCACCAGCUGACGGAUCUGAUCUACCUGCCCCUGCUCCAACAAGUAGCCUGAUGCUGAUUGCCUCCACCUCGUCCUCUCCUCAUCUGAAUCCUUGCCUGCCUCUGCUGCUCUGCGGCAGCUUCCUUGUCUCCUCUCCUCUCGCCACCGAUCGAUCCUGGAGAGUCCAGUUAAGCUUCAGCCUAGGAUCGGAGAAGGUUGUAGUCAGACCGACGGAGGGCGCGAUCGAGAUGGCGGCGGCCAUGGCGGAUCCGUCGUGCCCGCCGUUCCCUCUCCUGGCGGAGGAGGGACAUCACGAGCAACACGAGCAUCAGGAGGUGCCGCACGGAGGAGAGCUGGAGGUCCCGACGGUGGACCUGCAGGCGCCGGGGGAGGCGCUGGCGGCGGCGUGCCGGCGCCUCGGCGUCUUCCGGCUCGCCAACCACGGCGUCCCGGGGGACCUCUCGGCGCGCCUCUUCGCGCUGGCACGGGACCUCCUGGGCCGCGCGCCGUUCCUCGACAAGCAGGCCCAGCCCGGCUACUUCUGGGGCACGCCGGCGCUCUCCUCGCUCCGCGUCCGCGACGUCAACUGGGUCGAGGGCUUCCACGUCGCGCUGGCGGGCCAGCAGCAGCACCGGCCCGUCACCGCCGCCGCCGCCCCGCCGCCCUCCGACGACCUCGCCGCCGCGCUGCGGGACCUCGCGCGCGAGUACGGCGCGCACAUGGCGCGGGUGGCGCGGGCGCUGUUCGACGCCCUCGCCGCCGCGCUGGGCCUCGGCAGUGAGCAGUCGUCGGCCUACCUCGCCGAGCGCGACGGGUUCCUGCGGGUGUACCGGUACCCUCCCUGCCCGGAGCCCGGGCACCUUGGGAUGGAGGCCCACACCGACAGCUCCGUGCUCUCCGUCAUCAACCAGGACCUCGUCGGGGGCCUGCAGGUGCUCCACGACGGCGCGUGGCGCGACGUCGCGCCGGCGGGACGCGGCGACGCCGGCACGCUGCUGGUCAACCUGGGCGACAUGGCGCGGGCGAUCAGCGGCGACGCCUGGCGGAGCGUGCGGCACCGGGUGGCGGCCAGCCGGGCGGCGGAGAGGCUGUCGCUGUGCUACUUCGCGUUCCCGCGCGACGACGCCGUCAUCACCUGCGCCGGCGGCAGCAGGUACAGGCCCUUCACCUACGCCGAGUUCCGCGAGCAGGUGCAGGCCGACAUCAAGGCCACCGGGUCCAAGGUCGGCCUCGAGCGCUUCCUUCGCCAUUGAUUCGAUUCCAUCGAGGAAGCCAUAGAUGACUACGAGUACGAAUGAAUGGACCACUGUCCAACGCCAAACCUAGAUAUUAUGUUAGAUACUCCAAGUGGUAAUCAUGGCUCAAUGCGGCUUACCCAUAAAUGGUAAACCCCAAAUAAAGUAUAUAUAUAAGACUAUUUGCCA